AUUUGCUUUACUUAUUCUAACCUUCUUACGUAACUAUGAAGAGAGAAAAGAAUCGCAAAAUAUUCGAGUGUCAUAUAAAGUGUUGGGAAAAGGUUGGGAAACACUGGUCAAGAAAUUAGAUUCAAGUACUUAGUUCCCUUCAUCGCGCGAGAGUUUCAAUCCCAUCGCUAUUAAAAGGAAGAAGCGAGCGCUCCUGAUGCUCUCGUAGUGACACCUAAAAUAAACCUCAUUUAACAAGAGAAGAGAACGAGAUCGUGCGUAGACGUUGCGUACAAGAACAGCCUCGUGGCGAUGGAGAGGCUCAGUCGAUGUGUCUCCAUGCUCUUCGAUGUUGUGCUGCGUUUCGAGAAGAGGUAUCGCAGGGGCGGAUCUAGGAUCCCCCUACGAUCACUGCUCAUCAAAAGAGCGACCUGUCGGCUUGGAAAAAGUAGUAGAAUCCGGACAAUUUCGUGAACCAGAUGUGCCGCCCAUCCUUCUCCCGUGCGCGAUAUGCGCACGGACAUUUAUGCCUCAGUCGUUGGAGAAGCACGCGAGGAUCUGCGAGCGGUCGGCGAACAAGAAGAGGAAACCAUUCGACUCGGCCAAACAGAGGAUCCAAGGCACCGAGCUGGCCGAAUUCUUGCCCAGGCAAGAGAAGAAGCGACGAUCGCCGGAAGAGAGAUCCUCCAAGUCUUGGAAGCAGACGCACGAUGAUUUUCUACGGGCCAUUCGCGCGGCUCGCAACGAAAUCGUGGACUCGACCAUGCAAAAGCAAUGCAGCACGACGAUCACAUCGAGCGCGCCAACGCGGGCCAACGAGCAGGGUAUGUGUCCCACGUGCAAUCGUCACUUCGGCGUCAAGGCGUACGACAGGCACGUGGCCUGGUGCAAGGAGAGGAUCGCCCGGGUGCCGGUCAGCCCAGCGACGAACAUCGCCAAGGAACGGCUCGAAGCGCGGAUGAAGUAUCGGGCCCCGGCCGUGAAGAGUCGUCGGCAAGCGACCCGCGAGAAAUAUUCGCCGGGCUCGGCGAUCACUCUCAGCGCUGGGAACAAGAUGUCCCCGGGCUUGGUCCCGAACAAAGCCAAGGAGAGCGCCUCUGCACCCUCAUGCAACAACAAGAGCAACAACGAUAGCCCCGUUAAACAGAAAACCACUCUCGUCAGACGUUCCAAUCCGAUGAAGGAGUCCACUUCGACAAUCCCCCCGAUGAAGUCUCGAUUGCCGGAUCGUACGAAUAGGCAACUCGAAGACGAUGCCGGACCGUCCACUUUUCGUCCUGCUCCCUCCGUUAAAAGAAUCUCCCACCUCCCAGUCCCACCUUUAAAAGCGCAUAAGAGAGAAAGUUUCGACGAGUGGAACAGCAACAAUAACAAUAACACUACCACCGUCCCCCCCCAAUCGCCAAGAUCGUGUAACAAGAGACGAGAAGUGACGAGAAAGUCGCACGUUAAAGCGAGGCAGGACGGUGAGCAAAUGACGACCAGCGGUCAAAAAACAAUGAAGCAGGAGGAGAGGCAUCAACAACAAGCGUUACACUCGGCUAGGUCGUUGAAAAUGAACAUCGUCUCGGCGAGAAGUCAAGGAAAUCCCAAAGUGAACGAUGUCUCGAUCAACGACGACAUCGUGGGCAUCACUGUGAAACCUUGCAACAUAUACGGGAGCAAUAAUCAAUUGACCACUUGGAAACAGAUCGCUGAAACGGAUCAGACCAAGAUUCUGAUGAGCAGGCGGUGCGCCGAGGAUCUUCUCCUCCCCCCCACGGGAGACGAGAAACGAGCGACGAGAGCGGAGAACGUUGGACAAUUCUUGAACGACAACGGCGAGGACGAGGACGCGUCGAAGGAGAGGGAGGACGGGGCGAGGAAAUUGAGCUCGAGAAGCGAGAGCAUGAAUUGGUCGUCGACCACGACAACGUUGAAUCAAACGUACUCGUUCAGAGAGGCAGGGUCCAGGGUAUGCGACGACCGGCCGACGGCGAGGAGCAGAAGUUUGCGGGGAAAGAAGGUGGAUAUGGACGCAUCGAGCGCAGGCGCGGCGGCGAAAAGAAGGGGGAAUCCGUUGGACUACGAAGUGGGCGGGGCGAUCGAGACGAACAUCGAGGCGAAAGAAAAUUCUUCCCUGUUCGAAGAAAAUUUGAUCGCCUCCAUCUCGUACGAAUUCACCGAUCUGAACGAGUACGAUGAUUUCGCUGAAAAGGAACGGGACAAGAAUCGUACGGAGGAAGGGAACGAGGAGGAGGAGGAGGAGGAGGACGCGAGUCGAUUGUACGACGNNNNAACGUCGUACGAGGAUCGAUCGUGCAAGGAGAUGGAUAACUCUUUGAUGGAGGGAAUCGGGAGGAGAAAGAAUUCCGUGGAGAGCGAGAAAACGAACGAGGGAUUGUUCAAGAACGAGACGAAUUGGAUCGAGAUGGAAACCGAGCCCUCCUUCCUCACCGAGAUCAUACUUCAACCGUCCAGGUCCAGCACGCCGUUCGUAAGCUUCGAGGCUCGUUCCUCGAAGGAGAGAUACGACGAAGGAGAGUACGAAGAGAAUACGAAGGAAAACUCGAUGGAGUGGAAGGUGGAGAUAGACACGGAGACAGGUUCGGAGGUGUUGUAUCGCGUGGAGAACAGCGGGGAUUCGAAUCGUUCGAGCUCGAGGGAUUCGAGCUCGUCCCGCGGUGGAGUGGAAAGAGAUUUCGCGAGAUUCCCCCCGAUGCGGCAAAAGGAGAGGAAGACCCCUUUCUCGGGGGGCGCCAAGUCCCCCUCGUUAAGAAGGAAGGAGGAGAAAACCGUUCGAUCGCCGAUCGCGUAUCCGCCCGAAAAGGACGAGCGGGUAAUAUUCCCGAAGGUACAGAGAAAGGAGAUCGGGAAUCAGAUAAACAUUUGCGAUUGCUCGAAGGAAAUAUCCCCGAAUAAUUGGUCCAAGUGCGAGAAAAGUGUGGGCGAGUGUUCGAUCGUCGAGAACGGAGAAUUGGGACAAGAUGCGAUAUUGGAGAAUUCCGAGGCGCGAGAUCGAAGAACGAACUUGGACAACUCGGAGAAUAAUUUUAAUUCGGACGUGAUCGAGUCGUCGACGAGCCAAUUGAACACGAAUCUGGAAACGGACGAUACCGCGAUGAAAGACGUGGACAGUUUGAGGAAUAACGGGGAGGAGGAGGAGGAGGAGAACGAGAACGAGGAGGUUCAAGAAAUCUAUUCGGCCAAGGAUUUCGAUUGCGACAGCGAUAACAGCGUGGAGAAUCGGGUGCAGGAGACGAUGAACGAGGCGAAAUGUUCGAAGAAGAAAACGGAAGAGAAAACGGCGACGAGGCAAACGCUUCCGAGUUUACGAUCGAUCAUUUUGUCCGAGUCGUGCGUGAAACUGAGCCAACGCGUUCAAAUGGAGGAUUCGUCGGUGUCGAAUCGAUCGACAGCCCUGAAAUCCCGCCGGUCGAGAAGGGUAGAGAUAGAGAAUAGAAUUCGGGAGAACGUCGAGACCGUGGAAGUGGAGACCAUCGAGGAGAUAGGAACGAGGAAUAGAAGUAUCAAAUUUCGAAUAUUGCCGGAGAUAAAGGGGACAGGUGCGCUCGCGAAGAGGAGCUACGACGAUAAAGAGAGAAGCGAUCCUCAAACGUAUUGGGAGAAAGCGUCGAAAGCAACGAGGAAUCGUUUGAUCAAUCUCGAUCCGCCGUAUCAGGGGGCGAGCAGGUUUCUUAAGAGAAAUCCAAAAGUUCAUAUCCUUCCCCCUGUUCCAAGUAGCUCUUCCUUGGUUAAUCGCAGGAAUAUAAAACUGCCAUUACAUCCCGUAUGGAGCAAUUAUGUGCGCAGAAGACCGGAUUUUAAUCUCUUACUUAGCAGUAGAACCGGGAAGGAUUACGAUCCUUUCCUAUUGGCGGAGCAACAAAUGAACGAUCUGCUCUCAGACACCAGCGAGCAAUCCGUGGCGGAUAGCUGUCCAUCGAUCGAGCAAAAUUCCCGCCAAAAAUCAUUCCCUCUCUCUCAUUCCUCGGCAUUCGUCAAAUAUCCUUGCCAAUCCUCGCCCAAUCCUUCGAGAAACGUCUCCUCCUCGAUGCUUCCCCCAACCGAACUCGAUGACAUCACCUCGGACUUCUCGAGCGAUUCCACCGAGACGAACUCGUUGUCCCGGGAGCUUCUUUUCUCUCUCAAGGAUGAGAAAGAACGGACGAAAGAUUCGAGAGGAACGAAUCCAGAGAGGAGAUCCCCGGUCAGGGAAUUGGGUAGACGGGUGAUCAUCGAUAAAUCGAAAGCGUUGGGGGGGGACGAGUUGGUCGAGGAGGGGAACAAAAGCGUGGUGGCCGAGGCUCGUAAAAUCGUGGAGCCUAGAGCGUCGGUAAAGAUGAUCCGUCCUAUCGUCGAUCGUUCCCUGUCCGUUCGCGCCUCUUCCGCGCCCAAGGCUGGCCAAGAACGCGGGAAAAAUUCCGUCCCCAAAAUCCAUUCCCAAAACGAGAAUGUAUUACCGUCACGUAAAAAUAAGAAUUCGAACGGGAGGAAUAAUAAUUACUCUUUGAAUCUUUCGAGCAGCAACCUGAGCCUUAGCUCGAUAAUAUCCUCGGACGUGGACAUGAAACGAUCGAAUUCAGUGUUCGACGAGUUGAUGACCUCGUUCGAGGAAGAUGAGAAUGGUUCGUUCGUUCCAUCCUUGAAAUCCCUUCUGAAAACCGAUUCCUUGUCCAGCCCGGUCCACGCGUCCAGACAUCGCAACGGACGUAUCAGCGACGAGGAACUGUCUUCGCCCGAGAGCUACAAGAGGCAGGAUCACAAUAAAAUGAGCGGAGAUUCCGCUUACAGCAGUUUAAAUCGCAAAUAUUCACACCACGGACGCAGCACCAACGACGUAGCAGGACGUUUCGACGAGGAUACGUCGAGGAACAACCGUCGCGACGGGGACGGUGGUGGGGGGAUCCACGUGGUCAAGUGCAAGAUGUCCAAGUAUUGCCAUCAGUGCGGCUUCAAAUUCCCCGAAACGGCCAAAUUUUGUUGCGAAUGCGGCAUCAGGAGGCUCGUGCUCUGAAACUUCCGGCUGGUCGACAGCCAUGAACGACUUCAAAGAAGAAGCGAUCAACUUCGAAUUAGAUGAUAGAACGAUUCGAAUGUAAACACAAGGUUCAAGAACAAAUGUCGAAGCACGGAUGAUGAUAAAAAAAAAAAAAUAUCGGCACAUGAAGGAAUUGAAAAGAAGAGUUUAUUUUUAAAUAUUCGUGGAACUAUUUAGAGAAGAGAAGAAUUUUAUUCUUGCAGUUUAGAAUUCAUAAAGCUAUGUAUUUAUCUACGUAUACUCUAGUCACAUGUUUGGUCUAUUGGUGAAAUUUAAGAGAAGAAGUUUUAAAAAAAAAAAGAAAUGAUGAAAUUUAUCUGGUAUAUCAGGGAACACGAGGAACCAGAAGUCUGUCAAGCAAGAGAUAGCUGAGAUUUCUAUUAUAUAUAUAUUUUUUGAUUAGCAAGAGAGAGGAUUAGAUUUUAAAAAUUUAAUUGGUUCAAGAUUUCACAAUAUUCAGGAUCAAACUUGUUCUAUGUGAAGAUUCGUAUGAAACAUUGGUACGAAAAUCGAAUAAGAACGAAUGAUAAAAGUUGCAGAACGUAAUACAAUGAUAUUGUUCAUAAUUAUUCGAAUUAUUUUAUGUAAAUCGCGUAAAAUCAAUAAUAUUUUAUAUUUAUUGGAAUAUAUGAUAAAAUAUGAAAAAUUUGCUCGAAUAUAUAUGUACGUAAGAUCUAAAUUGUAAAUUUGAAUCAAUAAGAAAAAUGCUUGGCUGUAAGAAUUAUCAGAUUUAUUCACGUAAUAACUUCUGGUACUAAAUUCUGAUUGAUGGAAUAAUCGAUUAUUCGAAUAAUUGUGAACAAUCGAUUAUUGUACGGCAUUACGAACGGAUAUAUUUUAUUGAAAUUUCAUUAAUUUAUUAAGCGUAUGCGUUAUUGAAAGAGAACUUUACGUUUGCUUUUUGUUGAAAAACAAGUACUUAACGCGAAAGGACGGAAAUGAUAAUUUUAUAGUAGCGUUCUCGGUUACAUUGUUCAUUGUUGGUAAUAUUACUUACGCCUCUUUUUACUCAUUCAGCAUUACGUCUGUGAACAAAAGCGAUAUAUUAAAAUCCGUCUUCUUUUUCCUUAUUCUAUUUAUUCUCGAAUAACAAUUUUUUUAUGCUUUUUAUAUACGCGAAUGGGCACGAACGAAGAAGAAAAAUGAAGAUGAUGAAAAUCGAAUCACGUAUUUUAUAAGUGUGUGUGUAUAACAAAACGAUCGUAGCGUAAGUUUAAAAAAAAGUAUUUAUUAGGAAUAGGUGAAUUGCUAGUACAAUUUUCGCGCUCGAAUAACAAUCGGUUAAAUCUAAAAGUUGCUAAAGUUAACAAAUUACGGGUGAGUAACCAAAUGCACCGUUUUUUUUUUUUUUUUUUUAAUAUAAUAA